AUGGAGGGAGAGGGCGAGAAUGGCCAUUCAAAACUUUUAAUUCCUCUCCACCCGAGGCAGGAGGCGUCGUCGUCGUCGUGGCGGAGGAGGGAGGCUCGGCCAGCGAGGGGCGCCUCUGCCUUUCCUCUCCGCGGCUCAGUAGCGACUGAGCGGCCGCCUUUUCUGUCUCUCUCCUCUCGGGUCUGCCAUGUCCGUCGGUGUCUGGUGGGGGCGAGCGGGCUGAGUCUGGCACGGCCCCCUCGGAGGCGGGCUUCCACCUUCCUCCUCGGCGGAGCAUGCCCUCGAAGUGGCGGGAAGGAGGGCUCGGGCUGCUGCUUGGACGGCGAAGACAGCCUUUGCUGCUUGUUUGUCGGGCGGGAGGCCGGAGCGCUGGGAGGCACCGUCGCGGGGAGAGGAGGGCAUGCGGGGGGCGGGCGGGCGGCCCUCCUCCUCCUCGUCGUCCUCGUCCUCCUCUUCGCCCUCCUCUCCCCCUUCUUCCUCCUCCUGGGCUCGGGCACCAUGAUCGCGGGCUCCCUCCACCCGCCUCGCUUAGGGAUCAGCGGGAAGCUCUUGCAAGGGGUCACCGCCCGAGGAGAGGCCGAAGGAGGCGAUGCCAGCGGGGUCGGGAGUAGUAGCAGCGGGAGUAGUAGUAGCGGGAGUAGUAGCAGCACCCGGAGCAGCUUCGACGCCGCCGUCACCUCCGCCGGCGGGAGCAACGAGACGCAGUGCGGGGAGCAGAUCCUGGGCUACGGCGACGCGGAGAAAGUGCUGAUCGGGGCCGUGCUCUCGCUGCUGACCCUGCUGACCAUCGCGGGCAACUGCCUGGUGGUCAUCUCGGUCUGCUUCGUCAAGAAGCUGCGGCAGCCCUCCAACUACCUCAUCGUCUCGCUGGCCCUGGCCGACCUCUCCGUGGCCGUGGCCGUCAUGCCCUUCGUCAGCGUCACCGACCUCAUCGGCGGAGAGUGGAUCUUCGGGGCCGUCUUCUGCAACGUCUUCAUCGCCAUGGACGUGAUGUGCUGCACCGCCUCCAUCAUGACCCUCUGCGUGAUCAGCAUCGACAGGUAUCUUGGCAUAACAAGGCCUCUCACCUAUCCUGUAAGGCAAAAUGGGAAGUGUAUGGCCAAAAUGAUCCUUUGUGUGUGGCUGCUGUCUGCUUCCAUUACUCUGCCACCACUCUUUGGCUGGGCUCAAAAUAUCAAUGAUGACAAAGUUUGCUUGAUCAGCCAAGACUUUGGAUACACAAUUUAUUCCACCGCAGUUGCAUUUUACAUCCCCAUGUCGGUGAUGCUUUUCAUGUACUAUCAGAUCUACAAGGCCGCCAAGAAAAGUGCAGCCAAACACAAGUUUAGUGGCUUUCCACGGCCUGAAGAAAAUGAAGGGAUUGCUUCUGCCAAUGGAAUUGUGAAACUACACAAAGAAUCAGAAGAUUGCACCAACUUUUCACGGCUGCUUAAGCAUGAACGGAAGAACAUUUCCAUCUUCAAAAGGGAGCAGAAAGCUGCCACCACAUUGGGGAUUAUUGUAGGGGCUUUCACUGUGUGCUGGCUGCCAUUUUUCAUACUUUCCACCGCUAGACCCUUUAUCUGUGGGACGUCUUGUAGCUGUAUCCCUUUGUGGGUUGAAAGGACAUUUCUAUGGUUGGGUUAUGCAAACUCUCUUAUAAACCCAUUUAUAUAUGCCUUCUUCAACCGGGACCUGAGAACCACCUAUCGCAAUCUGCUGCAGUGCAGAUAUAGGAAUAUCAACCGUAAGCUGUCUGCUGCAGGCAUGCACGAAGCCCUGAAGCUUGCUGAGAAGCCCGAGUUUGUUCUGAGGAACUCAGAAUAUUCAAGAAGAAAGACUCAUGAUUUAUGACUGAAAAAGUCAUUAUGUGGACAAGGCCCUGCUGGGCAAGAGACAGUGUAGAAGAUUCAGUCAACCCAGAAGAACCAAUGGAGUUAAUGAAAUGCAUCUGGUCCACUUCUAAAGGGAAGGUUGUAAGGAAAGUCAGUGAUCGUAUUAUUCGAUAAUAUUAUAUUAAAUGUACCCAGCACAGUGA